AUGGCUUUAAACCACAGUGUGUCACCUCAAGAUGACUACAUUCCACACUAUCUUCGGGAUGGAGACCCUUUUGCAUCCAAACUCUCCUGGGAAGCUGACUUAGUAGCUGGUUUCUACUUAACCAUAAUUGUUGUAGGCAAGCCUUUCACAAUCAUUUCUUGCUUCUCUCAUCGCUGGGUGUUUGGCUGGGUUGGCUGCCGCUGGUACGGAUGGGCUGGUUUUUUCUUUGGCUGUGGAAGCCUUAUCACCAUGACUGCUGUCAGCCUGGACAGAUACUUGAAAAUCUGCCACUUGUCUUACGGGACUUGGCUGAAGAGACACCAUGCCUACAUCUGUCUGGUAAUCAUCUGGGCCUAUGCGACCUUCUGGGCAACCAUGCCCCUGGCAGGUCUGGGGAACUAUGCCCCUGAGCCCUUUGGAACAUCCUGCACCCUUGACUGGUGGCUAGCUCAGGCCUCUGUGACGGGACAAACAUUCAUCCUGAACAUCCUCUUCUUCUGUCUCUUGCUCCCAACUGCUGUGAUUGUGUUCUCCUAUGUGAAGAUCAUUGCUAAGGUCAAGUCCUCUACCAAAGAAGUGGCCCAUUUUGACAGCCGGAUCCAGAGCAGUCAUGUGCUGGAAAUGAAACUGACCAAGGUGGCAAUGUUGAUCUGUGCAGGGUUCCUGAUUGCCUGGAUCCCCUAUGCCGUGGUGUCAGUGUGGUCAGCUUUUGGACAGCCUGAUUCCAUCCCGGUUCAGUUUUCAGUGGUGCCAACCUUGCUUGCAAAGUCAGCAGCUAUGUACAACCCAAUUAUUUACCAGGUCAUUGACUGCAAAUUUGCCUGUUGCCAAUCUGGUGGGCAGAAAGCAGCCAAGAAGGAAUCUUUGAGGUCUUACAGGAGGCAUACUGUGGCCACCAUCAGGAAAUCAUCCGCAGUGUCUGAAACCCAUCAAGAGGUGGGAACAAGCCAUAAGAAGCACUUGACUAAGGUUGAAAGUAUGUGGACAGAUGAGGAGCAGCAGCUAUUGGCAGAUGGAGUCUCACCAGAAAUUGAGUGCCGGUUUUUUAAGAGUUGGGGAGAGUCCUGCUCUCUGUUAAAUGAUAAGCUUGAGUACCAUGAGGUCCGAUGUGGGGAUAGCUAG